CCAACAGGCCGAGCGCGAAGCUCGCGUUCGGAGGCAUGGUGAAAAAGUGCCAUGUAAAUUUAGUAGCUGGGUAGUCGACGGGGGUGAGAGCAUUCAAGUAGCCAAGAAUCACGGUCGCAGGAGUUGUAGUAAGGGCCCAUGCACUCACGUUUGAGAAGCUCGAGACUGCGUUUUGACCGAAUCCACAUUUGAGCGAUAAACCUAGAGAUUUGCAACUCAGCCCGUCUGUAAGUAACGAGCAGCCGGCAGUAGCGAGAGAAGAACGCACGCGCUUCUGUACUGCAUCAAGGCCGCCUAACCGCAACCGACUGAGGCUGUUUUGGGAUGACAAAGAGAAUGGGGCCGGGAAUCUCGCGUUGUUGCUCCUACUUAUCGUUUUCGUUCACACGUCGUCGGCAUCGCCCGACGUCGCCCGCGCGACCAUCCGAAAUCCCUCGCAGUUCGAGAUCUCCAUGCGACAGACGCUGGCGAUGCCGGAGGAGUUGAGGCGGCAACAUGCGGAGCGCAUUCUGGAAGCCGUCCGCAGAGACGAAAGCAGCGACCUUGCCGGCAGCUAUGACGGUGGCCGGCACGGCGGACGGCGGCUGCUCGACUCGGCGACGAAGCUGGGUCUGGCGGCGCCGCCGCUGAGCUCGGGGCCGAGCAUGGCGGUGGUGAACAUGUCGUUCUACCGCUGGGAGAGCGUCGCGCCGCCGCCCGCCGUCGACUGGCGCAAGACCGUCGCCAUCACGCCCAUUCAGUCGCAGUUUAUGUGCUCGAGCUGCUGGGCGAUCGCAGCCGUCGAUUCCAUCGCCAUGAUGUGGGCGAUCGCCAACAACGCCGUCGGCUCGUCGCUGUCGCCGCAGCAGGUGUGCGACUGUGCGACGAAGCAGUGCUGCCAGGGCGGCUGGCCCGAGUGGGCUUUCUCGUACGUGCUCUUCAACGCCGGAGUCACGUCCAACAACAACUACCCGUACCUGGCGUACGAUUCCGCCACGUGUCUGCUCGACACAUCCAUGCCGUCCAUGGCGCAGAUCACGGGGUGGGAGCUGGUGCCGGCGUUCAACGCCAUGGCGCUCAUGAAGGCCGUCAGCAUGCAGCCCGUCGUCGCCUUCAUCAGCGCCACGACAGCAGACUUCGCGAUGUACAACAAGACCCGCGCGCUCAACAUCUACGACGGCGUGUGCUCGACGGAGGUGAACCACGCGGUGGUGGUGGUGGGGUACAACUACACGGGGCCGGAUCUCAAGGGCAGCUAUUGGAUAAUCAAGAACUCGUGGUACGCCACGUGGGGCGACCGGGGCUACAUGUACCUCGCCAUGACGCCCGACGUGCGCGGGAAGUGCGGCCUCCUCUCAAACCCCGCCAUGUAUCCGGUGUACUACCCAACCGGCCCGCAGCCGGCGCGCUUCGCUUCCGACAAGCGCGGCAAGUGGAAUAUCAACAAAGUGGACGACCUCUCGUCGUCGCUCUUCUCCUCCACCCUCUCCACCUCCACCACCAUCUCCGAUACAAGUCUGAGUACUUCAACGACGACCACCACCACAACUACGAGCUCAACCGACGUCAUGCUCGCUUCAGUCACCGACCCAACCUUGUCCGACUCAUCCUCGCUGCUAAUCGGCUCUACGACAACGAUUAGUACCACGCAGCCUUGCAUGGGGACUAUCAACCCAUGCGGCGCGGGGACGUGCUACAUCAACAACGGCUUGGUGCAAUGCAACUGCAGCAUGCUGCCGAAUAUGGUUGAGGUGGUGGGAACACCCACGUCGAAAUGCGCGCCUCGUAAUCCGUGCACAAAUUCGAAUGUGAAUCCGUGUCGCGGCGGAACAUGCACAGAUGUUGGCGACGGGACGUACACGUGCGCGUGCGCUGCGGGAUAUGCGAUUGGUGCAGCGGUGGACGGUUCGACGACGUGCGUGCCUGCGGCUGGUCUCGCGAAGUCGUAUGUUACCGUCCCUGGCGACAACUGCACGACUGUCGCAGCAGAUUUCGGCAUUUCGACAGCCACCCUCACCGCCCUCAACACUUUCAUCAACUGCUCCGAUACAGAGUAUCUGCCCCCUGGAGUUGUGCUUACCGUUUCGGGAACAGUAACUUCGUCAUCAAGUUACUGCACCAGCAUUUACACCGUCCGACCUUCUGAUACUUGUGCUUCUAUAGCAAACAAUUAUUUCGACGGUUCUCUUACUGCCCUCGGCAUAAACAACCCUGGACUAUCGUGCAAGCGCCUGUUCAAGUCGCAGCAGAUUUGUAUUCAAAUGGUUUCAGCAUCUUCUGCGUCGUCAGCUUCACAGUGUGGGCAAAGUGUUUCGGUGGUCUUUGGAGACACGUGUGCUUCAAUCUCCACAAAAAACAUGAUCACCACGUCAGCCUUCAUUUCACUCAACCCAGGGCUCAACUGCGGCGCCCCUCUUGCUGUUGGGUCGUACGUCUGUGUGGGCCCAAAAUCUCUUGCUACGACCAUCAACUGCACUGGGUGGUACAGUGUGAUGCAGGGCGACACAUGCCCCUCCAUCUGGAAUGCAGCCAACCUCACCAUGUCCAUGUUCCUCGCCAUCAACCCCGGCAUCCAGUGCCAGGCUCCCUACCUUGCCGUCGGGCAGCAGGUCUGCAUCAACUCACCCCUUCUGAUCAACAUGCAGAAAGCUCCCAACGUCUCCUACAUCACCCACACCGUCCAGUCCGGCCAAACUCUCACCACCAUCUCCUCUGCUUACCAGUCCCGCUGCACUCCCACGUCUGUCUCUGCCGCGUCCAUCGGCGCCCAGAACUUCAUCGCCAAUCUAACCGCCCCUCUGGUGCCUGGCACGCAGCUGAUCAUCCCCUGUAUUGGCCGCAUCGGUAUAGUGGAUUGUGGCUGUGCACCAUCCAUUCCAAUCUGUGGGUACGACAUGGUCAUAUACCCUUCCUACUGUGACGCGCUGUGCAACUAUGGUCUUCCGCAGGCCAGCUCUAUCAGCGAUUGUGGCAGUGCGUGUGCAACUGCGUGCCAGAAUCGCAUGGGCUUGGCUCCAUUGGCUGGCUACGGGUGCUUGCAAGCCAUCUGCCCGUAUCCCACAUGGGCUCCUACAGUAUCUUCAGAUUGUGCCAUGAUCACGGGUGAUGUCACUGGCCCCUGCUGCAACUACAGGGCAACUACAUGCCAGCAGCAAUGCACGCUAACUGCAGCUACACUUGGGGGUACGACCACUCAGAGGACCACCAAUUACAACGCUUGCUACACUAACUGCAUGUGCUGCCAGGCUGCCCCCUGUGGUGGGGCAACCUGCAAGGCUCAAUCUUCCUGCUGGCAGGCCAGUCCUCGGAAGUGUUACUACAGCAGCUACCAAUACUGGUGGAAUUGUACUUAUUAUCCCAUAGAUAACCCCAUGGCAUAGAGAUUCCUACCGAGUAUCCCUAAAGCCCUUUAUUAUUAUGGAUAAAAGUCCUUGUUUGUAUUUGUGAAACCACAAAAUAUA